AUGCCGACACCGGGGCUCCUGAUGCGUCUGGUUCAGCCGCUGCAAGGCCAGACACCAAGCAAUGAAGCAUUGUCACCAUCCAACGUCAGCCCGAAUAUUGAUGCCAUUUAUCGUCUGACACGAACCGAUGAUAAAUCGCCAGAGUACAACACUACUUAUUUCCUGAACGACAUCACGCCAUUAGUCGAAGAUGAAUCCUUCUACAAGAAAGACCAGGACAAAUUCAAGACGAGCCUUGAAUCUAUAACCUGGGUGCUCGUCUCAUACAUAAAUGGACACCCAUUCACGCAUUCCAGCGUGCCCCCAAGCCCUCCCCCACUGGGAACAGAGAUAGUGAUGAACGGUUCCUCCCCGAAGCCUGAGUACGAAGCAGACUACCACAACUGGUACGACCAGGAGCAUGUCGGGAAGCUGGGAGCCGUACCCGGGUGGCAGCUGAUGCGCCGCUACAAAUUUGAGAAGGUUUAUGGGGAGGUCGAGACGGCGAGCUUCUAUGGAGUCAACUUCUAUGACGAGAAGAACGGCCUGGGAGGGCCGGAGUGGAAGGCCAGUGCCACCGAUUGGACUUUGAGGAUCCGGCAGCAGGCCGCGAAGCCAAACGUCAGGCGCACCUGGAAGUUAGUGGGAAUUGAUGACGUUUGA